AUGGCACCGGGCAAUUUUGCUGGACGAAACUUGAUAAGAUCCACAUUUGGAACUGUUUUUAGUUUUCACAGUAAACGCAUUGAACAUGUAUUUGUGCUAGGGAAAACCGAAAAUGUAACACUUCAACAAGAAAUCGAACAUGAAAGUAAAAGAUACAUGGACAUUAUUCAGGGUAAUUUCAUAGAUUCAUACAGAAAUUUAACAUACAAACUUGUGUUUAGUUUGUUUUGGGUGAACAAUUUCUGCAACCAUGCGAAAUACGUCAUCAAGAUGGACGAUGAUAUCAUAAUCAAUAUCCCACUCAUAGUACCCUACUUGGCAGAGAAGUUAAAAGCUGGACAAACAUCGAAUGUUCUGGAAUGUAAAACAAUAACGGAAAAUAUUCCAGUUCGUAACAGGAACAAUAAAUGGUUUAUAACACCGGAAGAAUAUCCAUUCACAAAGUUUCUCCCAUAUUGUGCUGGACACAGUUCUAUAAUGUCAAUUGACGUUGUAAGAAAAAUGUACAGAGCAUCAAAGAAUGUGCCUUAUUUGUGGUUAGAGGAUGUUUAUGGAAGUGGAUUUUUAUCUUUGCUCUUAAAGAUAAAUAUGUUUAUGCCGAAAUUUUAUUUUGAACCUGUGAUAAGUAGUUUAUAUAAUAAGCCAUGCAGUUUAUUUUAUUUGAAUAUUUUAAAAAAUGACACCAAUUCAUUAGAAAUGUGGAAUACUAUAAGAAAAUAUGAAAACAGACUCAACUGUUUGAUUUCAUUUUAAAUGUGAAUGCGUGUAUUCAUAAAUAUUCCCCACUGGACGUAAAACAGCCAACAUGAAAACAUUUCUUUAAUCAGUGAACCACGGAACCUAGAUUAAAUCAUAAUUUAGCAUACAUUUAAAAAAAAAUCCCAUCAUUAUGAACAAACAAACUUAGUUGCAAGUGUGCACGGACACAACUUCACGGUAAGCUACCAUAAACUCAGAUUUUAACAUAAUACAUGUCAUACUAGUCCUGUUACAUAGGACUUUCAAUUUAAUUUUAAUUUUAAACAUUUUCAUACUGCUAUGUUCAUUAUUAUUUUUGGGGGAUUUAAAUAGUAAAACAGCAAAUACAACAUGAAAAGUAGCGAAUAGAAAAAUAAGUAAAAGAACCUCUCAGCUGUAUUAUCUCUACACCAAACACGUAAAGAUACUUUUCUCCUAAUGAAGAGACACUUUUCUCAUAAUGAAGAGACACUUUUCUCCUAAUGAAGAGACACUGUUCUCCUAAUGAAGGGACACUUUUCUCCAAAAGAAGAGACGCUUUUCUUCUAAUGAAGAGACAAUUUUCUCCUAAUGAAGAGACACUUUUCUCCUAAUGAAGACAUUCUUAUCAUUUCUUGGAUUGUUUAAGUCGUUUGUAAAAGUCAUGUAAUAGUGUGUAGUACCUUUCUCUUCUACAUAUGAACCUUUCCGUGCAUAAUUUAAUAGUAUUCAACGCAAAUCAUGACUUACGAUCCCUUAUAGGAUACCACCAUUGUUUCCCCUAUAAGUCUUUGUUAAAUUGGCAUUUUUGUUUUAAACUGCAGAAUUUAUCUUUGUUUCAAAUAAAGAAAUGCUUUGCAUAAUUAGUUUUAUCCUGUCCAGUACACAGUUAGAUAUUCACACA